AUGUUACAAUCAUUAAUUUUAUUAAACGAUAAAUCAGUUCCAAUUUCAAUAUCAAAUCCGCAAGCCAAUACUGAAACACAACAUUAUGAGAAUGAUACUAAUAAUAAGGACAAUUCUAAUAAUAAUUUACUUACAAGAUACCAUUCGAGAACUCCACCUUUAAUUUCUACAUUCACAUAUUUAACAAGAUUAACAAAAUUUAAUAAUUUCAAUCAAGCCACUUUAUUAACAACUAUUUACUACAUUGAUUUAUUAUCACAUCAAUAUCAACCAUUUUUUACGUUAAAUUCAUGGACCGUACAUAGAUUUUUAUUAGUUGCCACUAUGAUUGCUCAAAAAUCAUUGGAAGAUUUCUUUUAUACCAACGAUCAUUAUGCUAAAGUUGGUGGUGUUGUAAUCGGUGAAUUAAAUUGCUUGGAAUUGGAUUUUUUAAAUCGUAUAGAUUGGAGAUGUAUACCAGGAAAACAAAUUAAUAAUAAUAAUAAUAAUGGAAAUGGAGAUAAUUCAAAAAAUUUAACUGAAAAGUUUUGUCCAAUUAGAUAUGCCAAAGAUGUGUUAAAUAUGUAUUACUUUCAGUUAAUUAAAUUGAUGGGAAAAAACGUUGAUAAAGAUAAUUCUACUUUUAAUAAUUUUCAUUUUGUAAAAGAAUCUUGGAAUAAUAAGAGUAAGGAAGAAGAUGAAGAAGAUGAAGAAGAAGCUGAUGAUGUUAUUUAUGAUGAUUACGACGAAGAAGAUGAAGAAGAAGAGGAUGAAGAAGAAGAAGAUGAAGAAGAUGAUGAUGAUGAAUAUGACGAAGAAGAUGAAGGAGAUGUAGUAGAGGAUGAAUAUUUUUCAAAUGGAGUUACCAAAGUUGAUAAUGAUACCGAUUUAAUUGACAAAGAGAUAGAAGAUGAACAAAGAUAUGAUCAUAAUGAAGAUUAUAUGGUAAAGAAACUAAGAAAUGAAAAUUACAUAGUGAGCGAUGAUUUGAAAGAAAAUGAUGAACAUUUUAAUAAUAAACAAGAGGAUUUAAAUGAUAAAUCGGUUCCAAUUGAUAAAUAUAAGUAUGAUACAAGUGGAAGAAACAUAGAUGGAAGUUCAUCGCCGCAUUUGAAAAGACACUACAGUAAAUAUGAUUAA